CGCCGCACCGGGCUCCCACGGUCACUUGGCGCGGGCUGCACCCGCUAGCCUUGCAGACUCUUCUGGAUGGAGGGGCGCACAGAAAUGGAGAUACUAAGGACACUGAAGGGGUCUUCCACAGGGGAGGUCAGUGUGCACCUGGUGGCCAGAGACAGCACAGGUUCCCAUCCUCACCUACCUGCAACUGCCUUUAUUAUUCCUACCAAUGCAGCCACCCUUGGUAUGCCCAGCACUGCCCUGGAUGUGUCCUAUCCCCGGGAACCAGUCCAUGUGGGCACCCUGGAGCGUGUGACUAGCAGCAGUGAACCAGUUACCGCCACCAUUAUGCCACAGCUAAGCACCGGGCCAGGGACCAAUAGCACAGUCAGGCUUCUGGAUUGGACAGGGGUUUCCACACCUUCAGCUGGGAGUGGCCUGCGGUUCCGGAUAAGCGAGUACGCGCCACUGAAUAUGAUGGGAGUAGAACGACCACCAUGCCCAGAACGACAGCAAGAAGGGCUGGUCAGACAUGAAGGUGGCCCUACUGGAGGCGAUACAGGCACCCAGCACCCUGAAAAUGUCCACCGGAGCCCUCAAGAAGUCACCUCUCGGGAACCCCCAAAGGACGCGAGCUCCCGUGAGUGCCAGACUUGUGGGCCUCAACAAGGCACUGCCCCAGACCUUGGUUCUUCAGGUGACCGCUGCCCUCCGCCUUUUCAGAAGCGGUCAGUCAUAGUAGAAAACUCAGGCUGUACCAUCGCUUCUGAGCUCCUAAAACCCAUGAAGAAGAGGAAACAUAGGGAGUACCAGAGCCCGUCAGAGGAAUCGGAGCCAGAGGCCAUGAAGCAAGGAGAAGGAAAAGAUCCAGAGAGACAGCCUACUGCCAACACCCCAGAGAAUGAAGAGUGGAGCAGGAGCCAGCUGGUGUUGGGUGAGAAGAAGGAAGGCUGGUCCUGGGAGGCCUACUUGGAGGAGCAGAAGGCUGUCACUGCCCCAGUCAGCCUCUUCCUGGACUCCCAGGCAGUCACCCAUCACAAGAAUGGCUUCAAACUGGGCAUGAAGCUGGAAGGGAUUGACCCUCAACACCCAUCCAUGUAUUUCAUCCUCACCGUGGCUGAGGUGUGUGGCUACCGGCUGCGCCUGCACUUUGAUGGGUAUUCUGAGUGCCAUGACUUCUGGGUCAAUGCCAACUCCCCUGACAUUCAUCCUGCUGGCUGGUUUGAGAAGACUGGACACAAGCUGCAGCCUCCCAAAGGUUACAAGGCAGAAGAGUUCAGCUGGAGCCAGUACCUGCGCAGCGCGAGAGCUCAGGCAGCCCCCAAGCAUCUGUUUGCAAGCCAAGGCCACAGCUCUCCACCCGUGGGCUUCCAGGUGGGCAUGAAGCUGGAGGCUGUGGAUCGCAUGAACCCAUCCCUCGUCUGUGUGGCCAGUGUGACCGAUGUGGUGGACAGUCGUUUCCUGGUGCACUUUGACAACUGGGAUGAUACUUAUGACUACUGGUGUGAUCCCAGCAGCCCCUACAUCCACCCGGUAGGCUGGUGCCAGAAGCAAGGAAAGCCCCUGACCCCUCCACAAGACUAUCCAGACCCUGACAGCUUCUGCUGGGAGAAAUAUCUAGAGGAAACUGGGACCUCAGCUGUGCCUACUUGGGCCUUCAAAGUGAGACCCCCUCACAGCUUCUUGGUCAACAUGAAGCUGGAGGCUGUAGACCGCAGGAACCCAGCACUGAUUCGGGUAGCCAGCGUUGAAGAUGUGGAGGACCAUCGGAUAAAGCUCCACUUUGAUGGCUGGAGUCACAGCUAUGACUUCUGGAUUGAUGCCGACCACCCGGACAUCCACCCCGCAGGCUGGUGCUCCAAGACAGGACAUCCCCUGGAGCCUCCUCUCCGACCCAGAGAAUCCAGCUCUGUCUUACCCGGGGGCUGCCCUCCUCUCAGCCAUAGGAGCCUGCCCCACACGAGGCCCUCCAAAUACAGCUUUCAUCAGCGGAAGUGCCCUACUCCUGGCUGUGACGGCUCUGGCCAUGUCACAGGCAAGUUCACAGCUCACCACUGCCUCUCUGGCUGCCCGCUGGCCGAGAGGAACCAGAGCCGGCUGAAAGCAGAGCUGUCGGACUCGGAGACUGCAGCCAGGAAGAAGAACCUGCCUAACUUGUCCCCAAGGAAGAAGCCCCGCCAUCACGGCCGGAUUGGACGCCCUCCAAAGUAUCACAAGAGUCCACAAGAAGAUUUCCAAGCCCUCCCUCCCAGUGUGGUGCACCAGUCCCUCUUCAUGUCCACCUUGUCAACCCACCCUGACCGCUCAUUCUCUGUGUGCUGGGAGCAACAUUGCAAGCUCUUGCCAGGAGUGGCGGGCAUCUCGGCCUCCACCGUCUCCAAGUGGACCAUUGAAGAGGUCUUUGGCUUUGUUCAGACCUUGACGGGCUCCGAGGACCAAGCGCGCCUCUUCAAAGAUGAGAUGAUUGACGGCGAGGCCUUCCUUUUGCUGACACAGGCGGACAUUGUGAAGAUCAUGAGUGUCAAGCUGGGCCCAGCCUUGAAGAUCUAUAACGCCAUUCUCAUGUUCAAAAACACUGACGACACCUUUAAGUGACUGGCCAGGUGGGCCCUCCUCCCACCCUGGCCGGGCUCCCUCCUCAGAUGGUGCUCCUUUCCUGCACCCCUGUCCUCUCAGUCUGACUAGGCCUGACCCUUCCCAGAAGGUAUAUGGGAGCAGAGGAGCCUGGGCAAGGGGGUCUAGGCCCUCAGUCCUGGAGUCCAUUUGUCUCCGGUUUGCCCCAGUGAGGGUGUGAUGGAACUGAGGCCUGAUGACAAAGGAAUGCAGGCUUCCUGGCUAGGACAGCCUGCGUCUUCAACCACCUUGGUUCUUAGGAGUUAGGAGGAGCUGGAUCCAGUAAGCAUCCUCUGCUCAGACCUGGGUCCUUUUGGCCAUCUCUGUGCUUUCUUCUCGGCCUCUCUCCUGCUAUGAAGAAGUGACCAUGACGUAAAAGGUGCCUCCUCCCUUUCUGCUGUUGGCUGUGUACCCUUCCUCUGCUGUCCGGUUCUUGGGCAGCCCCCGUCAUGGUCCAGCCAGACCCCAUGGCUCUUCUCCUGUAGAUGUGUAAGUCUCGGAAAUAUGAGAGCUUCCCACUGGGAGCCUCUGGCUGUCUUUCUCCUUUUGCCUCUAGGCAGAGAUCCAGGACCGAGGCACCUUCCCGAACAAGUUCAGUUGAGGACCGCUCAGCAGUGGAGUAGCCAGUUCUGGGGCUUAGUUCCAGCAGAGGAAGCAGAUAGUUUGAAUUUAUGUUAAAACAAAUGGAGCCCAGGUUCCCCGAUGCUGCCUACACACCAGCAGAUACAGUCUGCUGGGUAUGGAGAAGCUGCAGUCUGGGCUGAUAGGCAGUCAGGCUAGGAUGUCAGGCACACUGCAGUCCCUGGCCUGAGGGGUAGCUCCAGACAACAUGGUGGUGGCAGCAUCCUAGCUGUGUCUGUGGCUCUCAGCCAAGAUAUUACACAUGCCAGAGAGGCCCCUGCCAGUCCAGCCUCCUGAGACUGGAGUGUAGCACUGUGUAGCACACAACCCCUGUGACAUCACGUUCACCUGUCCCUUAAACAUUUCUCAUUUUGCCCUGGAGUCUAACAAAGACCACCCACAGUUGAGAGUUGGAAAGGUUCCCUCCUGUCUUUGAACUCUCUGGUCUCUUAUGCCCUUCUUGCCACUCUCCAGCUGUCUCUCACUGCCAACUGGGUCCCUGCUGGGGCUCUGGGCCUUGGACCUUUCUGUCCAAGUGGAAGUUCAGUCUCCACUCAAUUACUGCCAAACACACCUCCCAACCAAAGUGGGGAGCACCAGAGCCCAGCAGGAGCCACUCCGCCCAUGGGUGGAAGCCAGUGCCAAGCUUCACCUGGUGCUGAGGUGGGCCUGCAGGCUGAAGAGCAGGGUCACCUCCCAGUCCAGUAUACUUGUAAGUCAUGUGGGGUGUGUGUGUGUAUGUGUGUGUACAUGUUGGUCACUCAGCAGUUUCUGUCAGGUGCAGGUAUGGGGUGCAGUGUUGGGAAUAUUAAGGGCUAUUGUUAAGCUAUGAAGCUCUAUUAUUUCCUCAGAAGUGAGAACCAAAAGUUCUUUUGAUUUCCUGUUUCAGUCCUUUGGGGACCUCCCCACCCUAGUCCAGACAGCUUCUGGGGGAUAGCCAUUUAACAUCCAGCUGGUGUCGACAGAGCCUCGGGUUGCCUUUCCCUUUCAGCACUCAAGGAUAACUCUGAGCAGAACCUUUCUGGGACAACGCUGGGCAAGAGCAGCCAAGGGGGAAGGAGGGUUAGGUUGACAGAUGUGACAUCAUUGCCCCUUUGCUGGGAGUCUCUGCUAUCUCAGCUGUCCAGUUGCUGUGGAACCUACCACCUUGUGGUCUUCAGUCCGUGGUGUCACUGACCAGUCUGAGAAGGCAGCACAUGUUCUGUGUUCCUGUCUAGUGCUGUGAGACCACACAGCUUCCAAGGAGGGGGACAGCAGCCUGUGCUGUGCAGCUCUGCCAGUAACAGUUGCCUGUGGGAAAGGCCAGACGGACUAAAGGCCUUGGAGAAGAGGCCUCAGCUAUGCUGCACUAAUGUCAGACUCUGUGGAAAGAAAGCAAAUCCUAAAGAAGUCAAAAGAAAUCUGCCUUCUGACCAUCCCACUACCCGCUGGGUCCCCAGAUGAGACCGUUGCACCUUGACCCGGGACACAGGAGCAGAGGGAGUGGGUAGCUGUUUCUGGCACCCUGUGCAACAUGAACCACUUACACUUUGUCCCCAGCAGGCUUGUCCAGCCUCUGCCCAGCCCUGGCCUGAUAAGGGAUGAACUUUCUGUUUAAUUUCUAAGAGAGAAUGAUUCCAGAGUUUGAAAAUGAAGCCUGUUUCCACCUUUUUUACAUGCACUAUGAUGGGGUUACAUUUUUGUUCUUGUUGUAUGUGUCUGUGUGUGUGUCUAUGUGUGUCUGUGUGUGCGUGCAUUCUUAAAGAAAAUCCUCUGGUUUAAACUAAAGUGACUCGUGAGGGAGGAAACAUUACAAAGAAAAUGUAGUAUGAUUUGUCUGUGUAUUGUAACAACACAAAUAAAUUCAAAUUGUUGAACAGUC